AUGACCGAAGCGCAAAGCAAAGACAAGAUACGAGAGUCGAACCAUUCGCGCAACAAAUCGAAAUCCAUCUCAGAGGGCAAAUCUGACCGGUUGCGGUCUAGAAAGUCUAACAAGCAGCUUCGACCCUCUACUAGGGAUCGUCGCAACACUGUUGUGAAGCCUCCGAAAGAACGUGUGAAACGGUCAGAAUUGGAGGAACUACCUAUCAUGAAGACUGAGUCUCCUUCAACACCACCGACGGCCUGGAUUCAGAACUUGACGACCCGGUCUCAUGACAUCGGAGCUGUGCCUGCAUCACCGCUGGCAUCACCACUCGGUGCUGGACGCCUUGAUCCGUUCGGAAUAUAUCCAACGGAGUUGUACCAACACUAUGGCGGCGCGCUCCCAAUGUAUGUGCACGAGGUCAUCGACCACUGCCUCAACCAUACAUCCCUAGCGUUCGUACCUUCAGAUGAUCCUACCGACCUCAGCAUGAUACGGCGAUACACCAUGCAGAACGUCAUGGCCGACGAGCUAUCAUGGUACACAGUCGUUCUAGCGGGGGUCACACAUCUCUCCUUCGUUAGGGGCGAAGUUGCGAUACCUCGCGAGAAGCAACUCUUACGAUUAUCGUACAAAACAGAAGCUAUGACCAAGAUUCGAGAGGAGCUUGACAGAAACCAAGGCAAAGCCAGUGAUCGUGCUCUGAUGGCUAUGAACGCUUUAGCUUCACAUGGCGCACUCGAUGAUCUGGACGGCUUCACUCACGACAAGAUACAGGCUCGGAAAGGAUUCGGAUCUGCCAACGACACACACUACUAUUCUCUGCUGCAGACCGGAGUGGAACACUGGAGCUCGCUGGUGAGAUUCGUCGAGGCCAGAGGUGGCAUCAAGGCCACUCUGCCAUCUCCUGGCGUGGCUUUCGGAAUCGCAUUUCACGAUAUCCUGGCCGCGUGGCGUAUGGUCCAGCCACCAAAGUUCGAGUCGAUUGUCGACACCGAGGAAGCUAUCAAGGCGAACCAGCACAAACCAGACGCUGCUGCUAUUGCCUACGCCCGACGCCUCUUGAGCGGCUUCUCAUCCCUCAUGGACGAUCGAUGGUUAUAUUCGCGUCUCAUGACCCGAUUGAAACACAUGCGGUGCAUCAUUGUCGACUACGAACAAUGGCAACGCAAAUCACCCAAUCUACCUGACAUUCGGCGGAUAUUCUGGCUCCGACACUUCGUAUUGCAUGAUCUGCUCUCGCUGCCGAUCGUGGGCCAACGGCUCGGUGGUGGUAGAACAGAACUAGGCUACGAGCUGGUCAGGAUAGCAUGCCUGGCGUUCAUGCAGCUUGUCAUCUACCCGAUGGCUGCCGUGAACGAGAUGCCACAGAAGAUCUUGAAGAGCAUGCUUCCGGUUCUGGAUCGGUGGACAAAGCCCUCCGAGGGCAAGAUACUAAGCCAAGAACAGCCCGGCAUAUUCAUAUGGGCACUCGUUUUGGCUGGCAUGCUUGCAUUCGAGCACUACGAAACGACUAAUGACUCCCAUCUGAUGGACUCAACGGCCAAAUAUUUCGAUCGCGUUAGCAUCAAAGCAGAGAAACGAGCAUGGCCCAUGGUCAAAAGCAUCAUGAGCACGCAUCUGUGGAUAGACUCCGAGUGUGAUGGGCCUGGACAAAGAGCAUGGAACUACGCCUGCCUCUGGAUCGCUGUCCAGGACCAAGGAGAAAAUUGA